AUGGCAAGAUCGAGGAACAUCAAGAACCCCUUCAGUACAUUGACUCCAUCAUCACCAACCUUUAGUUUCUACUCGGACUCUCCAUUGGUUUCCCUUAUCUUCUCCCCCAAGAAGAGUCCAAGACUCCAUAGCAGCCCAAGACUCCAUACCAUCACUCUCUCAUCCCUCUCUCUCUUCUUUCUCUCCCUCCUUGUUUCCUUCACUUUCUUGGGAAUUUUCGUUCUCACGUUAAUACCCAACUCUCAAGAUUCAGUUCCGUGUUCUCUCAUUCCUCCAUCAUCACCAUUAUCUGUGUCAUAUUCCCAAUCUCAUUUCGUUCAAGCUUCCCUUUCUUCAAUCUUUUCAAACAAGGAGGCUGAAGCAGGGCUGGCACAGAGUAUUAUGUUGCCACUGCCGGCUCGUGAAGUGUCCCGGAAUGUGUCGGAGGAGGAGAGGGAAUUUUGGCAGCAGCCAAAUGGAGAAGAGUACAGACCUUGCUUAGGUUUCAGUCUCGACUAUCGGAGAGAGUCUGCCCGGAUUUCGAAGGAGAAGAGGAGGUUCUUGGUUGUUGUGGCUUCAGGGGGACUGAACCAACAGAGGAAUCAGAUUGUUGAUGCUGUUGUAAUUGCAAGAAUUCUUGAAGCAGCCUUGGUUGUGCCUGUUUUGCAGGUUAAUCUGAUUUGGGGUGAUGAGAGUGAAUUUGGAGAAAUUUUUGAUGUUGAACAGUUCAAGAGGACUUUACAAGCCGAUGUAAGAGUUGUGUCGUCUCUCCCAUCGACACAUUUGAUGUCAAGACAGUCCAUUGAAAACCAGAUUCCUUACGACGUUUCACCACUUUGGAUCCGUACCAAAUUCUUCAGACAACUGAGUGAAGAAGGGCUUCUUGUACUAAAAGGUUUAGAUUCUAAGCUCUCAAAGAAUCUCCCUCAUGAUCUGCAAAAGCUUCGAUGCAAGGUAGCAUUCCACGCAUUAAGAUUCGCAUCACCAAUCCGGGAGCUUGGUUAUCGUCUUGCUAGGAGGAUGUGGAUUGAAGGCCCGUACAUUGCUCUCCAUCUCCGGCUAGAGAAGGAUGUGUGGGUCAGAACCGGAUGUCUCACUGGUUUAGGCCCUGAGUAUGACAAAAUCAUCACCAAGACUCGAGAGUCUCAACCGCAAUACCUCACUGGAAGGCUAAAUAUGACCCACGCUCAGCGACGACUUGCUGGUCUAUGUCCCCUCAAUGCAUUAGAAAUGGCCAGGUUUUUAAAGGCUUUAGGGGCUCCGAGGAGUGCUCGAGUGUAUAUUGCAGGAGGAGAGCCAUUUGGAGGCAGUAAAGCUAUGCAACCCCUUGUUGCAGACUUUCCAAACUUAGUGACGAAGGAGAUGUUAGCGCGAGAGGGAGAACUCUCACCGUUCACCAAGAAGGCCUCGGUCCUGGCUGCCAUUGACUACAUUGUCUCACUGAGCAGCGACGUGUUUAUACCAUCUCAUGGAGGAAACAUGGGGCGAGCAUUGCAGGGACACCGCGCAUAUGUGGGUCAUAGGAAAUACAUCAAGCCAAACAAGCGAUUUAUGAUUCCUUUCUUCGAGGACUCCUCUCUUUCCGAUGCAGAAUUCGGAAGAAUCGUUCGGAAGCUGCACCGGAAAACUCAAGGACAGCCCUUUCCGACGAAUAACAAGAGAGACCAAGAUGUAACAGCAAACCCAGUUCCUGAAUGUAUGUGUAAACACAAGACAGCGAAAAGUAGGCUGGCAGAGAUCGAAAAUCAUUUAAACGGUCCAAACCUUCACAGUUCUGAGUCUUCUGACCUCUCUUUCCAACCCACUCAGUGUCGCCGUCGCCGAUCAGCUAUAGCUUCUCCGGCGAGGUCCAAGAGGUAUUCAAGACACAGAUAA